CGAGCUGGGAAGAUGGCCGAGGCCCUGGGAGUUUCGCCGGAGCCGGCGGCUUCAGCGCCGCCAGAGGAGCUCCCUGCGUCGGUGCGAGCGAGCAUCGAGCGCAAGCGGCAGCGGGCGCUAAUGCUGCGCCAGGCCCGGCUGACAGCUCGGCCCUACCCAGCGGCGGCGGCGGCUACCCCUGGAGGCAUGGCUAAUGUCAAAGCAGCCCCGAAGAUAAUUGACACUAAAGGAGGCUUUAUUCUAGAAGAGGAAGAAGAACAAACGCGUAAAAUUGAAAAUGUUGUUCAUCAACCAGGACCUGUUAUGGAAUUUGAUUAUACCUUAUGUGAAGAAUGUGGUAAAGAAUUUAUGGAUUCUUAUCUUAUGAGCCACUUUGACUUGGCAACUUGUGAUAACUGCAGAGAUGCGGAAGAUAAACACAAGCUUAUAACCAAAACAGAAGCAAAACAGGAAUACCUUCUAAAAGACUGUGAUUUAGAAAAAAGAGAACCGGCCCUUAAAUUUAUCGUGAAGAAGAAUCCUCAUCACUCACAAUGGGGUGAUAUGAAACUCUACUUAAAAUUACAGAUUGUAAAAAGAUCUCUUGAAGUUUGGGGAAGUCAGGAAGCAUUAGAAGAAGCAAAGGAAGUUCGACAGGAAAACCGAGAAAAAAUGAAACAGAAGAAAUUUGAUAAAAAAGUUAAAGAGUUAAGGAGAGCAGUAAGAAGUAGUGUGUGGAAACGGGAAACUGCUGCUCAUCAGCACGAGUAUGGAGCAGAAGAAAGCCUGGAUGAUGAUAUGUACCGGAAGACUUGUACCACGUGUGGCCAUGAACUGACCUAUGAGAAAAUGUGAUUGUGAACCAAAUGGUUAUUCUAAAAACUUUUCAAAAGAUUUUUU